GUGUGACCCCGGCGUUGCCAACCAUUUACGCUCACCAUGCUCCAGGACAGUUACGAAUAUGAUUACUUCUACGAGGAGGAUAAAAUGUAAGCUUUGACCCCGGUGUUCGCCGUGGAUUCCAUUUCUGUGCUUCACCUUAAACAUAAACUUGUUUCAACUGCUACCUCGGAUUCGGUUGCAAUGUUUCUCUUUUUGCAUUGUUGCGUUCUCUGUAUUAUGGUGUGGUGUUUAUCCAACUAAAUGUUCAUGUGUGGCCUUAGCUUUUGGCCUGCUGAAUUAUGCUUUCCGUGUUAAGCUGAAAUGGAGCGACGUACGGGUUUUCUUUGGAAUUUACAACAGUAUAAAUAGGAAAACUAAAAACCAUAUGGUCCUUACUUGUUUGCAUACUGGCCGCGGAUAAAGACUCUUCGCCAUCGUGGCGCCUUUUACGCAUGCUCCGUAUCUGUACAUUUGUACGUUCUGAUAUGUUUAGCUCCCUGCUGUAAUAUUGCUGUGUUCGAUUGUCGGAUAAGUUGGUUCCUACGCCGUCCGUAACGUAGCAUUAAGUUUGAACCUAAGAAAUAAAGAAAUAGCAAGUGCCUACAGCCGCUCUACACGAUGGCUGAGAGCCCAUCUAGCACGUGGUGUGAUGAAUCAACUGCACUUUUGCUGUUUGACGAAUCAGGAGACAAGACUGCAACCGAUACCGGAUCCUGUCGUUCUGCGAAGGUCGAAGGAAUCGAUGAUGCGCCCCCGAAUGGCUUGAUGGGGCCACUGAUUGAUAUGGACAACACCAGGGGUGGUUCCACCACAUCUCGUAGCAAGCUACUGCCCCGUAUCGGUCGCCGGAAGGACAGCAAAAGGAGCCAGAGCUCCCUAGAGGAACAAGCGCCACUCGCAGGCAUCGCAGGAGAAGAGCAGAAUGCGGAGCCUCCAGCUGAUAAGCAAACGAAGGAAAACUCCAAAACAAGUAAACGUUUGGAGGAUAUUGCGUUUGCCACGAAUGACGACCUUCCGGAUCCGGUAUUGUAUGCGGACGGUUGCGUGGAUGAUAAUAAGAUUAUAAUAAUCUGCCAGCGCCAGGAAAUGGAGCGCCUGGGCAUGACGGUUAGCUCGGGAACCGUCGUUAUCAAAAAGGAUACCAGCAACUUAAUCGGCAUAAGUAUCGGGGGAGGAGCUCCCCUCUGUCCGUGUCUGUACAUCGUUCAGGUUUUCGAUGGAACACCGGCAGCCCGUGAAGGUACCCUGCAGAGUGGCGAUGAGUUGCUCGGAGUCAACGGUAUCUCGGUAAAGGGCAAAACGAAGGUGGAAGUCGCAAAGAUGAUACAAUCCGCAACGGAUGAGGUGACGGUACACUACAACAAGCUGCACGCGGACCCAACGCAAGGCGAAACACUGGAUAUCGUGCUGAAGAAGAUGAAGCACCGGUUAGUGGAGAAAAUGUCCAGCAGUACCGCCGAUACGCUCGGGCUAUCCCGAGCCAUCCUGUGCAACGAUUCACUCGUCAAGCGCCUCCAGGAGUUGGAACGAACCGAGACGAUGUACAAAGGUUUGGUGGAUCACGCGAGAAGAAUGCUGAAGGCACACUUCGAUGUCCUGCAAACGUACCAGGCGUUCGGUAACGUGUUCGCCUCGAUCAGUGUCCGCGAACCGCAGCCUCGGGCAUCGGAAGCGUUCCGUAUUUUUGGCGAGCUACAUCGCAGCAUGGAGAAGGACGGAAUCAAGAUGAUCAAAUCACUGAAACCGAUUCUGGCCGACAUGGGCACCUAUCUGCAUAAGGCCAUACCCGAUACCAAGCUGACCGUGAAACGAUAUGCCGAUGCCAAGUUUAGCUAUCUUUCCUACUGUCUGAAGAUCAAAGAGAUGGAUGACGAAGAACAUGGCUACGCGGCCAUACAGGAGCCACUGUAUCGCGUGGAGACCGGAAACUAUGAGUACCGACUGAUUCUGCGAUGCCGUCAGGAGGCACGCAUUAAAUUUGCCAAGCUGCGGAGCGAUGUGCUGGAGAAGAUCGAACUGCUCGAGUGUAAGCACGCUCGUGACUUGGCCAGCCAGUUGCGCAAAUUCAUCGAGGGAUUGGCCACGCUCGCCACGGAGACGGUCGAGCGACUAGAAGCGAUACCGAACCUGUUCCCGAUCGAGGUGGAUUUGAAAGCCAGCGCGUUUCAGUACAAAUCGGCCAUCAAGUUUCAAGCGGAAGAGUAUGUGGACGAUGUGGAAACGGUACAAGCGGAGGAAGCGCUUGAGGAUCGAGAAAGCAAGGUACACUCGGAGAGCCAAUCAACGGCAACAGACCGAAUGUCGCGACCGAAUGGUUCCGACCUUGAGGGGCAGCUAUUGGGUGGAUUCGAUGAGGUUGAUCUCGGUAAAGGAUCCUCUAACGGUGCAACGGCACAGAAUGAUCUGCUGGACGAGCUUGGACUCGCCGGAAUCGAUCUCACGAUCGGAAGCAAACCAAUCGGCGGCAAUCUGAUGGAUGAUCUUCUGGGUCCGGAAAUGGAUCUUUUCAAGUGAGCCU